CUCGAAGCUCCCCUGGUUCGCUUAGUGGGCUACACCGUUCAAUCUUGGCACAUGCAGCUGUCCUUCGAAAACACCACGUCUUCUUUUCGUCCAGCAAAAUUCACUGGAGUUGCGCAAGAUGAGCGGCAACACCUCUGAGGAGACUUUCGAGUUCAUCGAAACGCCUGCGGCGUCUUCGACCGUCUCCGAGUUCGAUUGCGGGGUCAAGACCACUUCGUACCCUACGAUUGCCAAUGCCCCUCUCCCCGCUGAGGGUUCCGGCCGCGACUCGUUCUCGAACUACUUCCUCAUCUCGCUGCUAGUCGGUGUCCCUGCCUACUUCACCUGGAACUUGGGCGGUGGCUUCAAGACAUGGGUUUUUCUCGCCCUUCUCUUGGCUCUGCCUAUCCUCGGUCCCUUCUGGUGGCUGACCUCUGAGUUUGCGCCCCGCAAGAACGAGAAGGCCAGACUGCCUGGCAAGAACAUUGAGCACUACUUGAAGUUCAAGAAGGAGGAGGACCGCGACGCCUACUAUGGCAAGAAGAAGAUCCCCAUCGAGACCUUCCAGGAGAAGUACUUCGAUGGCGAGAUCGAGCUCAACGGUGACAUGCUCGAGGUCCUCGAAUGGCGCCACGACUGGUCCAAGCCCCGCUUCACUCUUGGUCUGAUCAAGCACUUCCUCUUUGGCAUGAUUCCCGAGAUGAUCGUUCACUCCAAGUCUCAGGACGAGGAGCAGGUCCGAGACCACUACGACCGCGGCGACGACUUCUACGGCUGGUUCCUUGGCCCACGCAUGAUCUACACUUCCGGUAUAAUCUCUGACAUCAAUAAGGAGGAGUCUCUCGAGCAGCUCCAGGACAACAAGAUGGCUAUUGUCUGCGAGAAGAUCGGCGUCAAGAAGGGCGACAAGAUGCUCGACAUUGGCUGCGGUUGGGGUACUCUCACCAAGUUUGCUUCCGCCAACUACGGUGCUCACGUUACUGGUGUCACACUUGGUCGCAAUCAGACUGCCUGGGGUAACAAUGGUCUCAGGCGAGUUGGUAUCCAGGAGGACCAGUCCAAGAUCCUCUGCAUGGACUACCGUGAGAUCCCCGUCCCCGCUGGUGGCUACGACAAGAUUACCUGUCUCGAGAUGGCCGAGCACGUCGGUGUUCGUCACUUGGGUGGCUUCUUCCGUCAGGUUUACGACAUGCUUGAGGAUGACGGUGUUUUCUUCCUCCAGAUCGCUGGUCUCCGUAAGGCAUGGCAGUUCGAGGACUUCACUUGGGGUCUGUUCAUGAACAAAUACGUCUUCCCCGGUGCUGACGCUUCCACUCCGCUGGGUUUUGUUAUUGACACCCUUGAGGGUGCUGGUUUCGAAAUCAAGAUGGUCGACACGAUCGGUGUCCACUACUCGGCUACUCUCUGGAGAUGGUACCGCAACUGGCUCGGUAACAAGGACAAGGUCAACGCCAAGUACGGUGCCCGCUGGUUCCGCAUCUGGGAGUACUUCCUUGCCUACUCUACGAUCGCAUCCCGCCAGGGUUCCGCCACUUGCUUCCAGAUUACCUGCGUCAAGAACCUCAACGCCGUCCACCGUGUCGAUGGUAUCAACACCCAAUUCUCCCUGGCUGGUGCUCUUGAGUCGAGCAAGGCCAAGAACGCUAACCUCCUUCCCAAGAAUAUUUGAAUCGAAUAGUUCGUUCGACAAUCUGCGUCGGCAGAUCACCAAGAGCAUCGUCGGCUCGAGUAGGAAAUCGGCGAAAAAGAUGCACAGGAUACAUUCGAUGAUCGUGUAGACAAAAGUAUGGUUAUGACUUCGUUCGAUGUAUCGAUUUUGGCCCUGGCAAUGAGCAUGACAUGUAUGAUGAU